AUGAAAGGACUGGAAGAAUGGCUCGCCUCCACCACAGAGAGUGAAGAGGAGGAAGAAGGAGAAGCAACAACAACAACAACAACGGCGAUUGGGAGAACAAGGGGUCAAGGGACUGUGGUGAGUACACGAGAGGAUAUACGUGCACGGCAGGAGGAGAUGCGUGAUCGCAUGCAACAACUUCUUGGUAGUAAAAUCACGGAAGGAGAGAAUAAUGAUAACAAGAAUCAAAACAGUAAAAACAAGAGUAAAAGUAUCAGUAGCGUCAGCAGUAGUAGUAGUCGCACCAAACAAAGUAAAAACAGUGCUGGUAACAGCAGUAAGGAGAAAAAGAAAGAUGAUGGUAUUAACACAUCAACUGUAGAAGAAGAAAAUAAUAAAAGAGAAUAUCGUUGUGUAGAGGUGAUGGUGGUGGAUCGUGGAACCCAAACCACCACUACUGUCGGUUGUCAAACAGAUCCUAUUCUUCCUUAUCAACCUUUACCAGGUGCUACACUUCCUAUUCCAACUAUUUAUUCUUCUUCUUCUUCUAAUCCUCCUUGUUGCUGUUGCCGCUGCUGCUGCUGUUCUUGUGGUGGUAUGGGUAAUAAGAAUGCUGGUGUACGGCGUCCUUAUGCAAAGGCAUUAGAAGCGAAAGAACUUCCCACGAGAUUUAAGGAACAAAUAGAGAUGAUACAGAAUUCCAUAGAUAUUAUGAUUGCCCGCUACAAUUUACCACCACCUCCUCCCUUCUCAAGUGUGUAA